AUGGUUGGUAAUCGGAUUUGGAUUGCGUGGGAUGAUAAUUUUAUUGAUGUUGAUGUCGUUGAAUGUGGUACACAAUUCAUCCACUGCCUUGUUUAUAUACGGUCAAUACGUGAGUCAAUUGCCAUCACUAUGAUUUAUGGAGCUACGGAGGUGGCAGAUAGGAGGGAGCUAUGGGGUUCCCUAGAGACUAUUGCCAUGCAGACUGGUGAUAUCCCUUGGCUUAUUGGAGGGGACUUCAAUGCGGUAAGAGACAUUAGUGAAAUAUGUGGAACAUCGGGAGAUGUUCGAAUGGCAAUGGAAGAGUUUAAUGACUGCAUUCAGAAUGCAGGUCUACUACCAUUACCCAUGCAGGGAGAAUGGUACACGUGGCAUAACUGCAGUGCAAGUCCACGGAAUCUUUGGAAAAGGUUGGAUCGAAUGAUGAUUAAUGAUAGAUGGAUGGCUCGAUUCCCAACAUCUUUUUACACUAGCCUCACUCCACGUACUUCAGAUCACUCACCGCUGGUGCUAUACGGGGACAGCCAACAACAAUAUGGGAGAUACCUUUUGAGUGAAGAGGAUGUUAACUCUUUACUCUUGCCAUUCACACCAUCGGAUGUUAAACAAGCAGUUUUUGACAUUGCUGAGGAUAAGGCACCGGGGCCGGACGGAUAUUCAUCGGGCUUUUUCAAAGCUGCAUGGCCUAUAGUGGGGCAGGAAAACAUUUGGCAUCAUGAGGUUGUUGGUAUACCUAUGUAUGCCGUGACCCGUAAACUGAAGGCACUUAAACCGGUCUUCCGACUACAGAGGAGGAAUAAGGGGGAUCUGACUCUGAACGUCCAAUUAGCAAAAAGUUUUCUCGAUGAGGCACAACAAUUGGUGAGCUCUGACAGACAGAAUGAGCUCUACUUACUCCUGGAACAUUGCUGUCGAAUAAUUUAUGCUAAAACGGCAAAACUCGAACAAAUUAUGUUGCAACAAAGAGCUAAGAUGCAAUGGAUGAAAGAUGGAGACCAAUAUUCCCGGGUUUUCUUUCGUAAGAUCGCUCAGAGACGAGUAAUAAGGAGAAUCUUGCAGAUCAACGAUGAGAAUGGUACCACACACACGGAUCAAGAGGAGGUCGCCCAUGAGUUUGUCUCAUACUUUCAGAACCUUUUAGGAGGUACCAGACGACAGUUGACAGUGGAUAUUCGAUACCUUAGACCAUGGGCGAGGCACUGUAUUACUGACGAGGAAGCUAGCCACUUACUGCUACCAUUCUCACCGGAUGAUGUGAAGCAAGCAGUGUUUGGUAUCGCAAAAGACAAAGCACCGGGACCUGAUGGCUACUCGUCAGGGUUUUUCAAGGCGGCUUGGCCUGUGGUGGGGGAAGAAGUAACGAGGGCAGUUCUGGACUUCUUUACUAUCGGAAAACUACUAAAACAGAUCAACUCCACGAUUUUGACUCUAAUACCAAAGAGAUUGAGUAGCUUGCUAGACAAGAUUAUUAGCCCCUGUCAGAUAGCUUUUAUUCCGGGAAGAAGCAUUGGUGACAACAUUAUGCUAGCCCAGGAACUAUUCUCAGGCUAUAACCAGAUGCGCCUACCUCCCAGAUGCGCGCUUAAAGUGGAUAUCAGAAAGGCCUAUGAUACGGUGGAAUGGGACUUCUUGUUAGCAGUUUUGUAG